UGCGCGUGCGCGUGUAGUUAGCUUAGCAACACUAGCGCGUUUCCUCCGGCUGCACUCACCCUCUGCGGCUACACUCAGUGCGCCAUGGCGGAGGGAGGUGGACCCGAGCCGGGCAACGCCGCAGAACCUGUCGCGGAGCCUGUACCAGCGCAAAGCCCGCUUCCCUCGAUCGACAGUCAGAAGCAGACCAUCGGAGCUCUCCUGAAAACGCAACUCCGAAAAGGAGACGAAUGGUUUUUGAUUGACAGCCGAUGGUUCAAACAGUGGAAAAAAUACGUGGGAUUUGAUAGCUGGGAUCUGUACAAUGUCGGAGAACACAACUUGUAUCCUGGACCCAUCGACAACUCUGGGCUUUUUUCAGACCAGGAAACCCAAGCGCUGAAGGAACAUCUCAUCGAUGAGUUAGAUUAUGUCCUAGUGCCUACAGAAGCAUGGAAUAACCUUGUCAGCUGGUACGGAUGUCUAGAAGGACAGAGUCCCAUCGUCAGAAAGGUGGUUGAGCAUGGCAUGUUUGUGAAGCACUGUAAAGUGGAAGUCUAUCUGCUGGAACUGAAUCUGUGUGAGAAUGACAACAUGGAUAAUGUGGUCACACGCCAUUUCAGCAAAGCUGACACAAUCGAUACCAUUGAGAAAGAGAUGAGGACUCUCUUUAAUAUCCCAUCAGAAAAGGAGACUCGGUUGUGGAACAAGUACAUGAGCAACACUUAUGAGCAGUUAAACAAGCCAGACAGCACAGUUCAGGAUGCUGGGCUUUUUCAGGGCCAGGUACUUGUGAUUGAGAGAAAAAAUGAAGAUGGCACAUGGCCCAGACAAGCCUCCCAUCCCAAGUCCAGUACAGCCACGUCUAGGACUUUCACAACGUCACCAAAGCUGUCCUCCAAUUCCUCCGCCACCAUUUCUUCCACAGUGACCAAUGGUGACAGCAGCAGCAACUCGAGCUACAUGCUAAACAACAGCACCUCUUCUGGAAUUAGGUUGGGUGGAUACAGUUCAUACAGCUCAUCCUACAGUUACAGAGAGUCUGCUUCUCAGCCUGGCCUGUGCGGCCUCAGUAAUCUGGGCAACACCUGCUUCAUGAACUCCGCUCUCCAGUGUCUGAGCAAUUCACCCCCACUGACAGAAUAUUUUCUGGAGGACAAGUAUGAAGCAGAAAUCAACAGAGAGAAUCCCUUAGGAAUGCGUGGAGAGAUUGCAGAGGCAUUUGCAGACUUGAUCAAACAGAUGUGGCUCAGCCGGAGCAGCUAUGUGGCUCCCCGUACUUUUAAAACGCAGGUUGGCCGCUUUGCUCCUCAGUUCUCAGGGUAUCAGCAGCAGGACUCUCAGGAGCUUCUGGCCUUCUUGCUUGACGGCCUACACGAAGACCUGAACCGCGUCAAAAAGAAGCCGUACUUGGAGUUGAGAGAUGCUGAGGGCAGGCCAGAUGAGAUUGUGGCCAAAGAGGCAUGGAAGAAUCAUCGUCUGCGUAACGAUUCCAUCAUCGUGGAUAUAUUUCAUGGCCUUUUCAAGUCUACACUGGUCUGCCCCGAGUGCUCCAAAGUGUCGGUCACCUUCGACCCUUUCUGCUACCUCACACUGCCACUUCCCAUGAAGAAAGAUCGCACCAUGGAAGUGUUUCUGGUCCGCAACGACCUUCAGUCCAGACCCAUGCAAUUUCGUGUAGUGGUCCCUAAACUAGGUACAGUGGCAGACUUGUGCAGUGCAUUGUCUAAGCUAUCAGGAGUUCCAGCAGAGAAUAUGAUUGUGGCCGAUGUUUAUAAUCACAGGUUCCAUAAAAUCUACAGGAAAGAUGAGGGUCUCAAUCACAUCAUGGAAAAAGAUGACAUCUUUAUCUAUGAAGUGUUGGAGGAGGACAGUGAACAGAUGAAUCUGCCAGUAUAUUUCAGGGAGAGAGAUGUAAAGCACAGCGGAGGUUCCUCCUGCACCAUGCUGUUUGGGCAGCCACUCCUCAUCACUGUUCCUCGUCACAACCUGUCCCCAGACACAUUGUAUGAGCGUGUGCUGGAGAGAAUCGGGCGUUAUGUGAAGCACUCACAUGGUACCACGUCGGAGAACAGAGGGUUAGCUACAGCAACGUCCUCUAGCAGCCAUUCAGACGGUGGAGAUUUAGUGUCUAGGGACAAUGCAGGACUAAGUACCUGUAGCAGCCCAAUGUCCAACGGAGCAUCUGGCAGUACUUGUUCUACGACUGGCAGCAAUAACUCUGAAACACGUAACGGGCCUAAUGGUGUGUGUGAUGGUGAAGAGGAGGCUAUGGACCACCAGGUGAGCCCAGAACCAGAAAGUAGCCAGUCAAAAACUGUAGAUGGUGAGGGCGAGAUCUCAGAGCCUGAAAAUGGACCCAUCACUACUACUACUACUACUACUACUACUAAUGGAAAGACCCGGCCUAAACUUUUCACUUUCAGCAUGGUGAACUCCUAUGGCACAGCUAACAUCAGUCCCUUAGCUGGCAACGUCCUCAAACUCACACCACAUUCCACAGUAGCCAUUGACUGGGACUCAGAAACCAAAAGACUGUGCUACAAUGACCAGGAGGCGGAGGCUUACGAGAAACAUGAGAGCAUGAUGCAAGCUCAGAAAAAGAAGGCCACGGUAGCACUGAGGGAAUGCAUUGAGCUCUUCACAACCAUGGAGACUCUUGGAGAGCACGAUCCAUGGUACUGCCCCACCUGUAAGAAGCACCAGCAAGCAACAAAGAAGUUUGAUCUGUGGACUUUACCCCGCAUUCUGGUGGUUCAUCUCAAACGCUUCUCCUACAACCGUUGCUGGAGAGACAAACUGGAUACUGUUAUUGAUUUCCCCAUCAGGGAUCUGAACAUGUCUGAAUUUGUCUGCGAUCCGAAAGCUGAGCCAUAUAUAUACGAUCUUGUUGCUGUUUCCAACCACUAUGGAGGAAUGGGUGGAGGCCACUAUACUGCAUAUGCUAAGAAUAAGGCUGAUGGGAAAUGGUAUUACUUUGAUGACAGUAGCGUGUCCUCUGCCUCUGAAGAUCAGAUAGUGACUAAAGCAGCCUACGUGCUUUUCUACCAGCGGCGAGAAGGAGAGGCUGCAUCCAGAUCCACUCCCUCUGCAUCACUCGGAGGAGCUUCCGAGUCUCUGGACGACCACAUGGACACCAACUGACCGUCGUUAGUCUUUAGGCACCGAUAUAAAAAGCUUCAUGAACAGAUCGUCGAUUCACAUCACAGGUUUUUUUUUUUUAGUGUUGUGUUGGGUUUUUUUCUGCUUUUAGUUUCCUACACUUAAUUUUCAUCAGCCAAGAAUGAUUUCGAGAAACACAAUAAGAAGGAAAAUAAAUAAAGGAUCUUUUUAGUUUUAAAUGUAACAUGACUUUUUUUUCUCCCUGCACUGCUAUUUUGUUUAAAUAAUAGCAAUGUAAGCGAAUGUUUUUUUUUUUUUUUUUUAUUUCUGUCACCCAGUAGAAUGCAGAAAGAAGCCAAAUGUUUUGUGCUGUAUCAGCCAAAGUUAUACGGGUUGGUGGCAUUUAAGAUAAGUCAAGACCGGAGCAAUGUAUGCAAAAUGAAGAGGUUCCGGUGUUUUUCUCUCUGCAAUAUCGCAUUACAUCUGAAGGUGUUUAGUUAUAAAUGUGCCUCUUGUGAGGAAUAGAGUCUUCUCAAAAAAAUACUUUUGUCCAUAAAACCUUUAAACAGGAGGCUUUUCUUUACUUAUUAUCCAACCUGAGACUCUCAGUUGAGUCUUAAACACAUCCUUCACUAUACGGCUUGACGCCUGGAGUUGAUGGCAUAGGCUAAACUAUAGCUCAUGUUGUGGUAAAAUGACUACACUGCUGAUCUUUAUUAUUGUGCUGCUCUCUGAAAUGUUAGCACUAGCUGCCUUUCUGCCCCGAGAACAGUUAAAAGGGGGGCUUGUGUGAGUGGAUUUAAUUUUAAAUUUAGUGGUACACUUAAAUGUUAAAAAGCUUGUUUAAAAGCCACCGAGGUUUAUAGUACAUGCCAUUGUUUUGGUUGAGACCACAUUUGCAAUAUCAAAUGCUUCUGAUUAAACUCUUCCACUCUGAA